CGGCGCGCGCGCAUGUCCCAUCAACACGUCGCGACAAAAGAAUAAUGGCAGGAGUAUUGUUUAUCGUCACCGUGCCUCAGAAAGAUUACGAGCAUGAGCUGCGCAAAAAAGACAAAUCAACGGCCAUCGUCAUGGAAAAAGAGAAAUAUGAGAAAGCAUCCAAGAUAAUCCAUGAGUUGAAACAGCGACGUUUUGGAACCUUAAAACCAGUAGAAUCGUUUGCAAAAGAUGACGAUAGCAUCACAAUGUCGAAGUGCAAAUCGAGUGAUUGUCUGGACAAGAACGAAAACGAAGAUUUGUACAAAAGCAAAAGUGAGACUACUUUGAAUGAAGUUCGGGAUAGGUACGUGAAGUCUCCUUGGGGAGAGGUGAAACAAGUUAUGAAGGCAAAGAGGAACAAAGUGAACAUAACUAGGCCGGUGCGAGGGGUUGACAUUUUGGGUGCGUUUCAUUGGGACACGCCGCUUGAAACUAUACUUUCGGAGAUACUCGAGCGUCUUGACAUCAAUAGUGCGGCAUGGAAUGCUACCAGGGACAACAAAUUCUGGAAGGUGACUUUCUCCCUAAAGUCGGGCAACUUAUGCGAGGAGUUGCUGCAAGUUUUGAAGACAUUUGGCAUCGGCAAUCGGUACCAGUCAUCCAUGAGCGUCCUACCGUGCAAUUUGUUUUACCAGUGCAAUAAAGAAGACAAGGAAACUUCGUACAGAGAUAAUUGGAAGAGUGGUAACUCAGCCUGGUCCCGCUUCUCAUCAUCAGUCCGCGCUCGCAACAACCUUGCCCAAGUGCUCCACGACGUCCGAGCUGAAGCCUCCCUGACCUUCGACUGGCUGUUCCUCCUGCUGGUGGCUGCCUUCGUAGCCGCCAUUGGCCUGGUCGAAGACUCCACGGUCAUCAUUGUUGCUAGCAUGCUGAUAUCGCCUUUGAUGGCUCCUAUCACAGCAGCAACUCUAGGCACUGCAGUCCGCGACCGCUCGCUCCAACACAUGGGUCUUCUUCACGAAAUACUGGGCUUGUUCCUCGCUCUUGUGAUGGGAUUCAUCUUCGGCCUGACCAUCUGUGCGGUCGAUGACCGGUACGGGGUAGGCGAGUGGCCUACUGAAGAGAUGACGUCAAGGUGCGAGAUCCGUUCCCUAUGGCUGGGCGUGCUCGUAGCGAUCCCGAGCGGCGCAGGAGUGGCGCUGGCUGUGCUCAGCGAAUACACUGCUUCUUUGGUGGGCGUCGCCAUCUCAGCAUCCUUGCUACCGCCUGCAGUGAACGCUGGUCUGCUCUGGUCGAUGGCACUGGUACACCUGGUGUUCGCGGAGGACGAGACUCGGUUCUCCGGGGUGAUCACCUCGUACCGCUACAGCGCGGACCCGGCGGCUGAGUUAGCAUUGCUGGGAACUGUUUCUCUCUGUCUGACGUUGGUCAAUAUACUCUGCAUAUUCUUGUCUGGAGUUGCUGUUUAUAAGGUCAAAGAAGUAUGUCCGCUAGAGAGAAGAGACAUAUCAUGGUGGAGAGCUAAUAAAAAUCUUCUUCGAGCUUCAAGAGUCAAUAAGGAUCCGGCUGCACCUUGGGACAUGUACAGUAAAUGGUGUAACGAUCAAAUCGAGGCUCAGAAGACGUCGGACAAGGCUGUGCCUCCAGUCCAGAGUGACACAGUGACGUAUCGCCGCCACGUGACUGGCUUCCGACCGAAGGCUCAGAACCUUGAGGACUACCUGCAGGGUUCUCAAACCACUGACAACUUGACUCCACAUCAUUUCGAAUCUCAAUCAACACUGGAUAUAGAAAAUCGAAUGGAAAAUGAAGAAAAAUGCGGAAAACCUAGUUUAAACUCCAGCGUGUAUUCCAACGAAAACAAAUCUAUAUGUAACUUAAAAUCUUUAGAUCGGGAAGACUUUAGCUUGUAUGACACAUGCUUUGAAGGGAAAGAAGGGGAAGAAUCAUAUAAAACACACUACCCGACGAUAGAACCAUCGUCAAAUCUAACGGUAGACGCUAAGCAGCAAGGUGUUAUUUUAGGAAAUAAAACUUUUCAUGUUUAAUUUGUACUACGAGUAGGUAGGUACCUCUAAAUUAUAAGAGAAGAUUUUGUUAACUUAUGUUCUUAAAUACCCACUUAUACAGUCACUUUUUACACACAAAACAACAAACUCACGUUACGCCUUCUUGCUUUUUAACCGAUUUCAACAAAAGGAGGUGGUUCUCUAUUCGGUUGGUAUAAUCUUUCUUAGCUUAGUUCUUUAGUUUCACAAAUCUUGAUUAGAUAUAUUGCUAGCAAAUAGAGUCACCGGAAAUCAGCUGAUAGAUACUCGGCAGAUAGCUGAAACGUAAUCUAAAGGGACAACGGAAGCUAUUCCCACCUCUCGUUCCCACCGCUGCAACUCCUGUGUAGCCAGGAUCUACAGCUUGAUCGCCAAUAAAAACCCAACCAGUGAAAGUCAAGUUUGUCCCGGGGGAAAGUUAAACUGUCAUUGGAUCCGCAACGAAAUUAAUCAGAAGAACAUAGGAGGAGUUCGAAGUUAAGUUUCGACUUCCCUCCAUUGCAAAGCGUAUGAUAAGUGACAACAAAGGUAUGUUACAACAGGCACUACCUGUCUAUUCUCGAUAGAUAUAACUACAUACCUACAAGAAACUUUAACAUCAGGUCAGAAAUAAUUGUACCCCUCAAUAUUAAUUGCUUAAGACAACGCCUGCCUUCUAUUUCGACUUUCGAACUUGAUUGAUUGAACUGUCCCAUGUGCGGUGAAUCUGUGAUGCAGUGAUUGAUGGACCGCCAAUCGACAUUAGGGACUAUUAAGGACUCUGUGAAUAAACUGAACUACUUACUUAUUUUCAUCGAAAUCAAUCUCUACAUACCUAAUUAUAUUCUGUGAUAGAGUUUACAAUAUUUUAAUGAUUUUUUUUUUUCAAUAAAAUUAUUUGUACGACUUGCGACUCGUAUUGUUAUAUUUUUCAUUCAAACAAUAAUGUAGCACCUGCUUUAUUUUUACUAUUUUGUUUAAGACAUAGGAAUAUUUUUUAUUGAAUAAUCUUUACCAUCUUAUGAGUUCAUAGAGCGAAAUGAAAGAAUACGCUUAGGUUUUAUCCUAUUUAAAUAAAUACUUGUAAGAGAU